AUGUUUUUCCACAUAGCUAUCGAGCAGAAUGUAGAUCUAGAGCCGCAGUACUUCGGGCCAUCGCUACGAAAAACCAUUGGGCAAAAAAUCACGGAAAAGGUGGAGGGCACCUGCAGCGGUAAUUACGGCUACAUAGUGUGUGUGACCGCGAUCACCGAGAUCAGCAAAGGCAAGAUCAGAUCCGACGGCAGCGGCCUGGCGACGUUCAAGGUCAAGUUCGGGUGCGUGACGUUCCGGCCCUUCAAGGGAGAGGUGCUGGACUGCAUUGUCACAAGCGUCAACAAGAUGGGCUUCUUUGCGGAGGCAGGGCCGCUGCAAAUAUUCGUCUCGAGCCAUCUCAUCCCUGAGGACUACGAAUACAGCAGCGCCAACGACGCCGCCUAUGUGAGCCGCCAGGACGGCGUGCGCAUAGAGGAGCGGGCGGAGUUCUGCAUCGGGACCAUCAACGAGGAUUUCCUCGGCGUCAUCACCUGA